AUGCAGACACAAACAACGUACAGACGGGCAGACGGACAGAUGAACGGAUGGACAGGCAGGCAGACGGAGACUCGAUCUGUCCGCCGAGAGGGAGAGUGUUUGCAGAAGAGGCAAAUAGUGAGACGGGCAAUCGGCCCGAUUGGUCGACGCAUUCGGCCUGUCCGUCUCGGUUGUAUUGACUUGUCGAGCGAGUGGGAAGACUCGAUUGCAGAAACAAGAUGCCGAGGUGUCAGGCGGACGACGGAAGGGGCGAAGAGAACUCCUUCCGUCCUGUCAACGGGAGCCCGUGCCCAGUCUGGUCGUCAGUGGGCAACUGGGCGACGGAGCAACCGAGCGGAAUGCAGCAUGUCGAGCCUCGUUGAGGGGAGUGGAGUCGAGGCGCGCCGUCAAGAGGUGGAGGGUGGGCGAGAGGUUGGCCUGCAAAUCACAAAUGACAGGCCCGCCCGCUUGUCCGGUUGUCGAGUGCCCCGGUCAGACGCGCGUCGUCAUGCGAGUGACGAUCGACGGUGCCAACGGCGUCGUGUCAACGGGCGCGUGACCGGCAUGGCGAUGUCGCCCGAUGGGCCACACGACGGCCAACCUCUCGAGUCGUUGGACCGAGUCCCGCCGACACUGUCGGAAGGGGCAGAGCCGCCAGGCGAGCAGGACGCUUUGUGUUGGUGUGUCUGA